UAGUAGAUAGGUAAAACAGGCUACCGUGACAUAUUAGAUUUGAAUCUCUUGACUAGUAAACAAUUCAUUACUCAUAUUUUUUUGGGUUGGUCUUGAGACCCAUCCACUUAAGCAGUGCCUGAAAUAUCAAGUGGCAUGUAGUAUAUGCGUUUCGGACUUUGCGUAUUGAGUGUUGUUCAGCUAUUUUAACUUCCAAUAUUAAAUAAAAACAAUAUGAUGAAAUGAGUUGGUGACAAUUUCUGAACGGUUCGACCUGUCCUGAUUUGUCUUCAUGGUAUUAUUCGAUUUGUAGUAGUGUGAGGCAGGGUAUGAAUAGUACUUUUGUUUUGUCCCGUCCUGCCCGAUCUCCCCAUUCUUGACCUAUUUUAAUUUGGGUCAAUAUUUAUUUGUAUUUCUUUUUUUCUACUUUUCUUAAAUCAUAUUUUCACUCACUCCUAAAACUUUGAAUAACUGAAAGACUCCAAUUUUCAACUGAUAAUUAGACUAAAAUAUUAAGUCUAUUAUUUCUCUUUUUCAUUGAUUCAUCGUUUUCCCUUUAUUUUCUUGCGAAAUAAUGAAUUUUUUAGCCAUUUUUCUUUAAAUAGCAUGUAAUUUAAAACGGGUCGGCAUGUUCCGCCUCAAACCCACACGAAUAUCACCCAAUCCGAUUUGCACUUAAUAUGAGGCGGAUAAAGAUAUCGAGAUACCCUGCCCACCUAUUGCCAUCAUCACGACCGACUAUAGCAAAGGCACCUUGUCUAUCUAUACCAAGGGCGGAGCUAUACUCAAGGUAGGGUGGGCUCCGGCUCUCCCGUGAAAGGUCCCGACCCCUGGGAUCGAUUCACCUUAGCUACAUUUAUUUUGUUUAAUUAUUUUCGGCCUCCGGUCUCGAAACCUGGCUCCACCCCUGAUCUAUACCAUCAUACAAGAGACUUACCUAGUGAUAGCCGCAACUAAGGUUGGUACCACGAAACUAAACUAGUGCAGACGUCGCCGGCCGGCGUCCAAUGUACGAUUAACCGGGACGUUAUCGUGCUUAAUUAUUGGGAUUUAAUAUGUCUAUGUUUCCCAAUUUCCUGUUAUUUGUUUUUCUAUCUAGUUAAGCUUGACUGUUUGACUGGUCUCCGGUCAUGAUUGAAUGGGCUGCAGAUUCUUCAUUCCUUAGUUAAGGCACAAAACGCCCCAUGAAUCAAACAAAUGCAUAUAAGAGAGUAGUGAUGGUUUCCAUGCAUAUAUGGUUCACGAUUUGACCCUUUCAAAGUAUAUACUAUUGUAAAUAAGUAGUUAAAUACUAUGAAACUCUCCCAACAACUCGAAUUAUUAGGUUAAUUUGGUUUCUGAUAUGGUUUCUGAUAUAGCAUUAAAGUUGAUUUGUUAUUGAUGUCACGUUUUCAAGUCCCCCGAACUCAAUAUUAAUCAUCAUUGUAUUAAAGUUCAUGUUAUAGUUGGGCCUGUACAAAAUUCAAGCCAAUCAGUUGGCUUUCGUUUGAAGGGGCAUGUAAAUGAAUGAUUAAAAUACCAUAUAUGGAUCUCUCUCAACAACUUGAGUUAUUGGUACCAAUUAGUUUAUUGGAAAUAGCGUUAGCUUAUUGAGAGGGUAACAUCUAUAAAUAGAAGAUUAAGCUUCAUUCUUUCUUCACCCAACCAAUACACACACCAAUAACCAAUAGUUUCCCCCAACCCAAGCCAUAAUUCCAAAAAAUGGGCACCAUUUGGCCUUGCAACUUGAUCAUGUGCCUUUUGGCUCUACUAGUCGCCAAUGUCGCCGGAGAUGGUCAUCAUCACCUUGAUGGAUACACACCUCCGGCUCCUUAUACACACAAAUCAUGGCCUCCUCCUCCUCCACAUGCUUAUUAUUAUAAGUCUCCCCCGCCGCCAUCGCCACACUGGUCGGUGCCGUCACCGCCACCGCAUUCUUCUCACCAUGCCUAUAAGUUUGGCUCUCACGACGACACAUACUCGCCUUCUUCUGAUCAUACAACUAGCCAGAACCACGAAAAGCAUACACCGUCGUCUUCUCGUGCCGACAAGCACCCUCACAAGUCUCCUCCACCGCCGCCUCAUCAUGGCAAGAAGGAUCCUUCUCCGGUCCAAAAACCUCAUCACAAGUCUCCUCCGCAACCGCCUCAUCAUGUCAAGAAGGAUUCUAUGGCGCCGUCGCAUCCUGCCCGCAAAUCUCCUCCACCACCGCAUCAUGGCAAGAAGGAUCCUCCUCGUGCCAACAAACCUCAUCGCAAAUCUCCACCGCCACCUCACAAACGCAAAACACCACCAACGCAUCACUGAAGAAUACAAUCCACGUCUAUGUCACGGUUUAUCGACUUCUUCAACGGGUUACUCGUCACUGACUAUGGAUGACGAGGAAGAUCCUGAAGAAUAGUAUUUUAGAAUGAAGAAUAAUUAAAUGUAUCGACCAAGUAAGAUUUGGUAUACGUACUAUUAGCUAGUAGUUUACCUUUUGUUGGUUUAAUUUCUUGCUUUCUGGUUGAUCUCUUCGGAAUUUCAUAGUUAAGAUCGUCGUCUAGCAGAUGAUAUUCACCAUGAUUUCAACAUUGUACCUUUUUCCCACUUUAUUUGAGUUUUGGUUUCCUUAAUACAAUUACUAUCAUUAC